GGCGGCCUCGACGAGCAAGUCACGGAGGCGUUCCUGCACGCGGCGUUCAUCCCGUUCGGGGAUCUCAAGGACGUGAACAUCCCGCUCGAUCACACGACGCAGAAGAACCGCGGGUUCGGUUUCGUCACCUUCGAGGAGAAGGAUGACGCGAAGGAGGCGAUGGAGAACAUGCACAACGCGGAGCUCUACGGCCGCGUGAUUCGAUGCAACUACGCCAAGCCUCAGGCCAUCAAGGGCGGCGAGCAGGGGUGGUCCAUGCAGCCGGUGUGGGCGGACGCGGACAAGUACCAGGAGGAGAUCGCGGCCGGCGAGGAGGAGGAGGAGGAGGAGGGCGACGACCCGAUGGCGGCUUUGGAGGCGAGCGUGGAUUAG